AUGGAGCUGCCACCAAAUCUUAAAGCAGAUGAGGCGAGCCCAGAGUGGAUGAACAAAGGCGAUAACGCGUGGCAGCUCACUGCGGCCACCCUGGUCGGCCUGCAAUGCGUUCCCGGCCUAGUCAUCCUCUACGGCGGCAUGGUCAAGAAGAAAUGGGCUAUCAAUUCAGCUUUCAUGGCACUCUACGCCUUCGCUGCGGUUCUCAUCUGCUGGGUAGGAUGGGGCUACCGCAUGUCCUUCGGGGAGAAGCUGGUAGGGUUCUUGGGGAGGCCGGCGGUGGCGGUGGACGAAAACUUUCUGCUGGGACAGCCAUUUUUGGGGUACUUCCCUACGGCCACCAUGGUGCUAUUCCAGUUUGUUUUCGCGGCGAUUACUCCGGUUUUGAUCGGAGGGGCGUUGCUUGGGAGGAUGAAUUUUGUUGCUUGGAUGAUGUUUGUGCCGCUAUGGCAUACAUUCUCGUAUACGGUGGGGGCGUUCAGCAUAUGGUGCCCGGAUGGGUGGCUGGCCAAGCUUGGAGUGAUUGAUUUCGCCGGAGGUUUUGUGAUUCAUCUCUCUUCUGGUGUUGCUGGUUUUACUGCAGCACACUGGGUGGGUCCAAGAUUGGACAAGGACAGAGAGAGGUGUCCGCCAAACAACAUUCUGAUGAUGCUGGCGGGCGCCGGCAUGGUUUGGAUGGGGUGGAGCGGGUUCAACGGCGGAGCCCCCUAUGCCGCCAGCAGCAUCGCCUCCUUAGCGGUCCUCAACACCCACGUGUGCACCGCCACCAGCCUGCUCACAUGGAUCAUCCUUGACUUCUUUGCCUAUGGAAAGCCCUCUGUUCUUGGAGCCGUUCAGGGGAUAAUCACUGGCUUGGUCUGCAUUACUCCUGGCGCAGUAUAUAGUAAAAUGGCACUUCAACUCCACUACUGA